AUGGCCGAAUCCAAGGGCGCUGGUGGCGCCAGGCCGAUCUAUCCUGCUGGAACGAUCGCCAAAGUGUCGACCGAUAUCCUGAACGAAACCUUCCACAAUAUCAUCCAUGACCUGGUUUCUAAAGUCCACCGCGAGGAGAAGAUUGCACGAAUGCGCUCCGCUGUGACCGUUGCGCGUCAGAAGGCGGAGGCGACGGUUGAUGUGUCGGACGAGAAUGGAGUAGACCCGAAGAAGGAAGAAGUUGUUGAGCAGAAGAACGUGGCGGACCUACAGUUGGAGACGGAGGGAGCCAUAUUCGAUAGGGGCAAGGUUUUUCUGAAGGGCAAUCCGCUGCACACCACGAAACAGAUCAUCUGUCCGGAGUGUCGCCUACCACGCCUGCUAUACCCGCCCACCGGGUCCAAUGCAGUCCCGCCACCAGAUCCGCACGCCGAAUACUGUCAGAAUCAGCCAUUGGUCACGGUGCCAGGUCACGACGUGCACGGGAAACUGUUCUCAGUGAUGCCGAACCCGAAAAAGAAGAAAGAAGAUGAUACGAUCCCCACCGUUCCAACCAAUAAGUGUCCUAUUUGCCCGCGCUAUUUUGUGAUCAGCCGUCUGGCGCAGCACAUGGACCGGUGCAUGAAUAUCUCCGGACGGGGCAGCGCGCGCAACCAGACCCCAACCGACAGCAGUGCGGGCGCGGGCAGCGGCGCCAGCAGCCCAACCUCCUCGGCAUCAAAACGCGCGCAUGCGGAUGACGAGGAUGGGAGUCCCAGCCCGACCAAGAAGAAAAAGCUGAACGCGCCCAAGAAGAACGCGACCACCAAACCGGGUCCCAGCAAGCUCAAGAACUCGUUCACGGUCGAAGACAAUGACGAUGAUCUCAACAGCGAGAAUGCAGACACCGUCGACAUCUGA